AUGUCUUCAACACCUACUGCUGGGAACCGUGAUAUAUCGCUGGAGAAUGAUUGUUUAAAGACACUUACUGCCCAUGAAUUAUUAUCACGUAGAGAGAAUAUGUGUGAAUUAUUUAAUUUGGUUGAUGAUUCCCAAAGAAGGAUCCCACUAAAUAAGAAUCUGUUAGAAGAUAUGAAGGCAAGACUCGAGAAAAUGAAGAACUCGAAUGAUGAAUAA